AAGCGUUUCUGCCAUUUCCCCUCCCAGAGGGCAUCCAUAGUGUCCACCCGCGAGCGCGUAGCCUCCCAUAGGUGUAUGUGUGCGGUCUGCACUUGAGGGCCAUAAUUAAGUUUGAAGUGCUCCCCUCCCAGUUUCAGAACCCCAUUUGCUAUAUAAAAUACAUUGUCUGUCCUGUGAGGAUAUUUUUCCUGACUCUCACUGCAACCUUGUGCAUUGUUGACUUUGCCUCGGGUUUGCCACACUCGCCCCUCCAAAUACAGUGGAUGCACAUAGUCUCUAGACCAUGGUGUAUUUUAUUCUGUCACAAAACUAAGGCCGUCUACUCACUGACUCAAACACCACUAACCAGUGGUUAUGAACCUUCAUCUCUCUUUCUGCCUCCUAGACAUGUGUUUCAACGGCUAGCACCCCUGCUGUCCCGUCAGCCAGGGUGGGGGCAGCUCAUCUGUUGUCAGAUGUGUUCACGUCUUGCGGUGGAGACAUGACAGUGCGGGGUCCUUUGAUAUGCAGCCAAAACUCUGCAUUUAACACCCCAGGCAAGGUUGUAGUCUCUCUAGAGCUUUAAAAUCAGUCUCUGUUGGAACAAGUCCCUGAGAAAUCCAGCUGAAGGUCUCCUGCCACCACCUACCUGUUCCCUUUGGUCCGCGUGUCACCCUUCAGUGAAUCGCGUCAGCACAGAGGAGGCCUGGAGCUACAGCAGCCCUGCACGCCCAGGUUCCUCAUGAGGGAUGGCUGGGGACAGUUGCCCCUGUUCCGGAUGAUGGCUUUGGACACAGUUUUCUUCAGGUGGUGUCUGGUGGUCACAGGUGUGGCCACGAGACAAGGCGUGGCUCACCAGAAGAGAACCUAAGGCUCCAGUCUAAUCCUCUAAUCCUGGUCUAGAAACCUUAGGAAAGCAUCUGACAGCACAAGAGCAAAAACAUCUCUUAGGUGAUCAUAGAAGCACUUCAGAACUUUCUAGAACUCUGCCUGGGGCUGGCAGAUAAACCUUAUUGCCAUGUCCACCAAAGAAGAUGGACUAAUGGCCCCACCCGACCUUGGUGGAGGGUGGUUGGUAACAGACUGGCUUUAUAAUGGUUUACCAAGCUGAAAUAUGACACAGCAUGGCUGUGUCUGGAUAGCCAAACUGGGUGAGAUGCCCUGUGACCCCAGAGAUAUAGGAAGGACACACAGCAAGUCCACCUAAGUGUGUCCUGUUUACAAUGGCCACUGAGGGGUGUACACCACCCAAGCAGAGGGCAGCCUUGGAGCUGUGAUAUGGGGCAGUGGAGGGGUGGCUCACCUGAGGUGGGAGAAGUGGAGUAGAUCUUUGUGUCAUCCCCACCUCUCCCAAAAAAAAGAGGGUGAUGGGAAUUUAAUACCAGCUCAAGAGCCGUCAGAGAGGAGCUCAGGAAGCAAUAGGUCAAUGUUCUGUGUGGCUGGGCAUUGUGGCCUUGAGUCAGUUGAUCAGAAUGUCCCCACAGCAUGUUGUCAGUGUUGAGUCAUCUUAAUGACUCAACCUGAGAAGUCAUUGAGACGAUUGAAAUAGCCCAGCCAGCCUCACAGGCCAAGUGAACCAUGAAGCUCCCACAGGGACAAAUGCUCUUCGAGCCUUCUCGUACCACCUGGGCCAGCCCUAAGAACAGUAAGAUUUGCAGCGACAAACUGCCCCUUGAUGAACAAGCCCUGAGGAAGAAGAUCAGCCGGACGUUCGAUGAGACGGCACGCACCCUCCUUGGCAGCCUCCUGCUCUAUGUCUCAGAACACAAAGACGGGCCCCAGAGGGCAGAGGACAGGGAGCACAAAGCCAGCCGCACACCCCAGCCCCAGGAGGCAGGUCCCCGGCCCACACGCUUCCAGCUUUUACAGGCCAAGUUCAUGGGCACUGGCCGGGAACCGCACCUCAAGAGGACCCGGGAGGUGGGCCGGCUGAUCUCCAAGGACAAACAAGGCCCUGGCAGGAGCCUUGUGAGUGCCACCAUUAACAAACUCCUGGAGAAGACCAAGGAGGGGGGCAGCAGCCCUGGCCAGAGACGCCCGGCCAGCGAGAAGUCCCGAUGGGGUCCCCAUGGUGGGAAAAGCACGGUGAAAAACAUCCUGAAGAAGUUCUUGGCUGCGGAGGAAAAGGAAGCUAAGGAGAAGGAAGCUCGAGAGAAGUCCCCUGCCCAGUGCCCCAAAACCACCAGGCCCCUACCAAGGGUCAUGGGCAGCAGAAGCUCUGUCUUGACCAAGUUGAGAGAGAGAUUUGAGCAGAGCGGCUGCCUCCACGCCGAGGCUGGCGUGCUGCCUCUGCACAGGGAGGGUCGAAAGAGCAAGAGCCAGCAGAAGAAGAAGGUGCACAGACCUGAGGUACGGGUGCUGCACACAGCCACCAUGGCCACCAGCUGCACCAGGACACCCCCCAUCCGCUUUCUGGCCUGCACAGCUGAACCCCUGCCAGCCCUCAACAUUGCCACUAUCGUCUGUGGCCCCCAGAGCUGGUUGUCCCACUGUGCAAAAAUAAGUCACUUGGAUUCCAGGCGGUGGCCCAAGAGAGAAACCAGGGUAUCCCCGGACUUGGAGGGCAUGGAGCCCAGUGGGAACAAAACCUUGGGAUCCCUAACUGAGGAGCCCAAAAAACAGCUAAAGUCCCCAAAAUCCUCGAUGCCCCAGGCAGAGGCUCAGGGGGACCGUCACCUGGCUCUGGACAUGGAGUGCAUUUCCCAGCCAGACUCCUCUUAUACUUACCAAGAUGGCAAAGCCCUUUCCAGCUGUGUGUCAAUAUUGUCAACAGUUGAGCAGGCCAGCCUCAGGGGUGCUGGGCAAGCUGGAGAGGACAGGACAGCAGGGCCCAAAGCACAGGGGGAGGCAGACCACAGCCAGAAGGUGAAGGAAGGUGCAGGGGAGGUCCCUGAAGUCACCACGGCUGUAUGCAGUUCCGAAGAUGAGACAGAAAGAACACCCCCAGACACGGACAGAGAGCAGCUCUUCACCAUGCAGAAGUACCUUCCAGAACAGGAAGUGGAGGCGUGGAUCCCCUUGCUGGACUCUGCAGCAGUCCAGGCCACAAGGCGAGCCCAGCCGGCCAUCCAGCCUGCACAAAUAACCGUGCAGCUUCCCAUUGUCCACAAAAUGCCGGCCCCUGCUGCUCCUCUACCCAGGGUGUCAAGUCAUGAAGACAAACAUUCUCAUGUAUUUGGAGGAGAUGAUGUGAUUGAAAAUACACCAGUAGCAUUUCUCACUGGGACUGAGGCCAGGAGGGGUCACCAAACCUCAGCAAGACUGGUGCCAGGCAUCCUCGGUACUGCUGCAGAGCAAGGAUCACGAGACGACCUAACAGAUGCUGCUGGUGUGGAUGGUGAUGUUCUACAGAUGGACCUGACACCAAAGCCUUUAGGGAGUUCUCUUGGCAGACAGGGGAACCAACAUGGCGCUCAGAACUCCAGCGAUCUCAGGAGUCACAGUGGCGUUCCAACACAGAGCACUUCUGAGCUCAGUUGGGAGAAGCAUCUGCUGUCAGAAUCAAAUAAAGCACCAACCCCUAACAAAAGAGCCUCAUCAAUUUACCCCACAGCAUCGGAACACUGCCUGAGAGGGGGCACCAGCCGGCCAGGGCCAUGCCCUGUGAUGCAGGUGCCAUCCCAGAGCUGCAUGAGGCCUGAGAGUUCUACCAGGAUAACUAAGAGCACCCUGAAUGGACAGAAAGAAUGUAAAAGGCCCAUGACAGUGUUGGCUUCACCCCUGAGGACUGCCCAGGAAAAUAGCAGACAUGAUUUGAACAAGAACACACAGUGUUCAUCAGAUGAACUGCUCAAGGCAAGUAUCAAAGCCUCUAGGGUAGCCACGGCUACGAGUGCCAAAAUGCCAUGGCCAGGUGGUACCCAGGGCUCUGAACAGAAGAUAAUGCUACAGCCAGAUGGCACCCAGGAUGGUGAACCUAAGGUAACUCCAUGGCCAGGUGCUGCACGAGGCCCUGAACACAACAUAACAGCACAUCUAGGAGGCACCCAAGGCUCUGAACACAAGAUACAGCCAGAUGGUACCCAGGACCCUGAAAACAAGACAAUGCCACAGCCAGCUGGUGCACGAAACCCUGAACACAAGAGAACACCACGGCUGGGUGGCACCCGAGACCCUGAACACAAGAUAGGAGAAGAGUUGGCUGGUUUGGAGGAGGAAGAUGGAGCAUUGGUGGCAUGUUACUUUGUUGCUAAAGGAAAUGGUCUUGUAGGAGAGGGUCUCCUUCAAGAACCUGGCAGCCACCGUGUCUUGGCAACAAGCAAGUCCUCCAAGCACACGAGUGGAGCCACAGAAAGGAGUGUCUUAGGGGACACAGCGAGGCACCAGCCCCUAGCAUGGGCGGCCCCGACUGCUCGGUCAGAGGAAGCUGGCAACUCCUGCCUGGUGCCUGAUGACCCCAGACUGUGUGCUUCAACCAAAUCAGCAGUCAGCAAACACAGUGCGGCAGUAGGGCGCAGAAAGGCAGCCUUGGAAGGAGACCCUGUGCAUGAAAGCAUGGUGUCCCAAAGCCCACAGAAGAGCCCUUCUCGGUCCCCAGGCCAUAGCCCAGACCAGCCGCAGCUGCCCUCUGAGGGCCCCCAGGCACAGGACAGAAAGCACCUCACGGCAGAACAACGUCCUCCUUCUAGGGCAGCAUUCUCUGUUGCUCAUUCCACAGGGCCCAUCGUGAGGGAGGAAGCCAGGCAGGUGGAGCCACAGGGCUCUGAGCCUCUUCCCCUCCACCAGUGGGCAGAGGGCAGGGCUGCCCCUGAAGCAAAGAGCUUGGGGAAUGGAGCCCAAGAGAGGCGACCAGCACAGGUGGACCUGGAGCCACCACAGUGUCACCCCAAGCUGGAGGAAGCUGGCAUGGGACACAUGAGUUCACACCAAGCUGGACAGCAGGAUGGUUCUGCACAGAGUUGGACAACACCUUUGGACCAGAAGGCCAUGCUGGGUGUGACCGAGCUUCAGGCACACACUGCUCAGGACCUGGCAAGGGAUGAGAAGAUGCCAGCUGUGGAGAACCCCAGCCAGCACAAGGUCAAGGCCCAGGACCAUACAUGGGGGCCAGGAUGGAAGGUUAGGAGCCCCACUCAGGGAGGUGAUCCCCAAGCUGUCAAGAACCCAGCCACUCCAGAGAAGCCAAAGAAGCCUGGCAACCUGGCUGUGCAGGGACAGGCCCAGGGACAGAGACUGACCAACAGCAAGGUCUCCCAGGUCCAGGAGCAGCCUGACCGCACAGUAGAAGGGACACCCACUGCUGGUGUACAUGGAGAACACCCAAGACCAGCCCUAAGAGUCUGCAGCCAGGGCAAUGCAGGUGCCCAACACCCAACCCUAGGAAGCCGGCCUCUGACAGGUGAUGGCACUGCAGUCUCCCUCCUGGAGCCAGCAGAUAACUCUGCCUGGCCCACACCUGUUGCAGGGGGCCACCAGAGUCUCCGUUCCCCAGCCCAGGAAGGGCUCCCAGAUACCCCUGGGCCAGAGAGAGAGCUGUCAGACGUGGGGCGUCGCAGAAAGUCAGCGCACUUUGCAAAAUACAAAGCUCAAAGCUUUAGGGACCAGCGAGACUUCGAGCUGUCCUUCAGAUCCACAGUCCUCAGGGCCACUGACCCCCUCGAGCCCCCAAAGUGAGCGUGCACUGUAGGAAGCCAGCGCUCCAAACCUUCAGCUGGGGUUUCCACGCGUGACCUGCCUCCAAAUGAACACGUUUUGAGCAUCCCUACAGAGACUCCAGGGACUUGGAGUCUCAUUUCCUUUCAUUUUACACGAGCUGAUCUUGGGGGUGCAUUGCAGUGUUCCCUGCUUGGGCCCGGGGCACUGCACCCUUUCCCAGGCCUCGAGGCAGCCGGGGUGAGGAAGGUACUGGCCAGAGCUGCUUUCUGCCUGUGGCUCUUUACUUUCAGAGAUCCUUGUGUUUGAUUGGCACUCACUCCUGCCCUCCAGUGCCUUGAAUGGUCCCUGCUGUGCCCUCUGGCUCUGCUCUCUAUCCAGGGCUGGCCUCCCCCAUGUCCCUGCCAAGAGCCCAGUCAGUGCCUGGGACCCACAACCUGAGCCCUGCUUGUGUGGGAAGAGAAAUGUAUGCCUGAGCCACAGGGUCCCCCAGACUGGUGCCAGCCACAUGGUGGUCACACAGAGCUGGCAGGACACUGGGGUCUCACUAUGUAGUCUGCUCGUCUUCACGGCAGACCUCAAGAAAUACCCAGGAAGGUGACCACAGGGAGCCACACAAGACUCUCUAACACUAAUCCCAAGCAAGCUCUCAUUCAGAAGCUAGAUGGUAGCCAGGCACCAGUGGCUCACACUUGUAACCCUAGCUACGCAGGAGGCAGAGAUUUGGAGGACUGCAGUUCGAAGCCAUCCUGGGAAAUAGUUCGUGAGAC